UCCAGGUCGUCAUCACCAAGUCCGCGCGCGCGCUAACCGUGUAUACCCAUAACCCAAUAACCCAAUACCCAUACUCUUACUGCAACUAGGAAGUCCAACCGUCCGACCACCGACGACGGCGUCUAGAGAGUAUACUCUGCUCUGGCUGCGGGACAGAAGCUGCACCGGUGCCGUAGCCGCAGUUUCCACGGUGAAGGUGUACACACCACCACUGCGACCUUGUUGAUCAUGCGAGCUGCCGCCAAAUGUACGAAAACGGCCACGACGACGACUACUGCUAGCGAGUAGCGAGGCGGAGAAGGAGUAACCACUGCUGCUGUUGCUGGUGGUCGAGAAAGAUUCGGGAGCUGUUGCCGCCCAGGAGUCGAGGAAAGGAAAAGUCUAGUGGCGGAAUUGAGCUGCGGUGGUUACCGAAAGACGGAGGAGAAGCUGGAGACGGCUAAGGCUGUGGUCAACGACGACGACGACGACCACCAACACGAUAACAACGAGGAAGAGAAGGAGGCGGAAGAGGACAACGACGACGAAGACGCGGUGCAACUGUUGUUGCAACACCAAGUGGAGCAGCAGCUGCUCGUCGUCCUGGAGAUGAAUAAGACCGACGCAAACAGGCGCGUUCUGGCCAUACAGGCCAAAAAAAAGCGCCACAAGCCCAGCAAGCGCAAGGGCAGAGGUAGUGGUGGUGGUGGUGGUGGUACUGGUGCUGGCGCCGCUCCUGAGAGACAGCAGCAGGCACAAGGGGAUUCUGAGCAGAUGCAACAACAGCUCCUCAACAAACAGCCUAGUAAACAGGGACUAACCGUCUUCUCUAGGACUUCUUUGGAUUCAUCAUCAAAGUAUCCUCAGAGUGACAGGCAAUACUCCGGUGGCAAUGGCAACAGAUUAGAGCCGUCACACAGUUCGAGUAACGAAACGAUCGAGGACGAGGAAGAAGCUUACAGUAGCGAGGACGAUGAACAGGAGGAUAGUACCGAUUAUUGCAAGGGUGGCUACCACCCGGUUAAAAUAGGCGAUCUUUUCUUAAAUCGUUAUCACGUGACUAGAAAACUCGGCUGGGGACACUUCUCCACCGUCUGGCUGUGCUGGGACUUACAGGUAUGA